AUGGAGGAAGCCAUUCCGUCCCUCUCCUCUGGUGUAAUUGGCUCGCGCUUCGUCUCUCAGGACGACAUCGAAUCGGCAAAAUCAAAGCGUGAAGAACAAUGGAAGGCUGCCUAUGCCAGACUGGGACAGGAACCGCCUCCCCAACAGGUCGAGGAUUCAUACGAUGGGCGCAGUCUGGCUGAAAAACUCGCCGCCAAUAAAAUUGCAAAGCAGGAGGAAUACGAGGAAAAGACCAAACUAGCCAAUCAAUUCCGCGCCUUAGAAGAGGAUGAGAUAAUGUUUCUAGACUCUAUACGCGAAAAGGAGCUGGAAGAGGAAAGGCAGCGAAAGCAAUUGGAUGGAGAAGAAGUGAAGAGCUUCAAGGAAGCUGUAGCAGCAAGAACGAGUGCAUCUAAUCCUCCGCCUAUCAGUUCAAAUUCCGUGGUCGCUCUACCCAUGUUACAGACAACAGCUCCAAAGAAAGACACCAAAAAGGGUCUUAAGGGUGUUAUUGUCAAAAAGAAGGGCAAGUCAGCGCCUAUCGCGAAAACACCACACUUCAAAGCAGCCCAGGCCAAUGAUAAGAAGCGUGAUCCCCCCAAUGGCGAGGACGUAUCGCAGCAGAGCCAGGAACCUCAAACUAAACGGCGGCGAGUGUCAGAAAGUUAACAUGUACAUUGUUAGUCGGAUACAAAUAUAAUAUUCCUUAUCGUCGUGCUC